AUGCGUUCCAACCUCAUUUUCGCCCUUGUUACCGCCAUCGCGGCCAUCAGCUCAGCGGCGCCGGCGCCCCAGGCUUCUGGUGCGCCCCCGUCCGGCACUGGGCUGGCCCCCCCGCCCCACGGCAGUGGAGCUCCCCCGAGCGGCACUCCUCCCCCGCGCCCUUCCGGCACCGGCCUGCCUCCCAGCGGUGCCCCACCUUCCGGCACACCCCCGGCUCAGCAGCAGCGCCGCUUCCGUGGCAUGAUGAACCGUCGCCAGAACUCUGCCCUGCCCUCUGGGCCCCCGCCCUCCGGCGCACCUUCCGGUGCUCCCCCGAGUGGCACUCCCCCUCCUCGCCCCAGCGGCGUCGCUCAGCCCAGUGGUGGCGGCCACGGCGGCUUCGGUGCUCAGGAGGCCGGUGCACCUCCCUCCGGCGUUCGCCCGAGCGGUCCUCCUCCCUCGGGGGUUCCUCCCUCUGGUGCUCCCCCCAGCGAUGCACCCGCUCCUACCGGCAACGCCAAGCGUGCUGAGCCCUCCGGUGCUAAGCCGUCUGGACCUCCUCCUUCCGGCGUUCGCCCCAGCGGUCCUCCCCCGAGCGGCGCACCCCCCUCCGGCCUUCCUCCUUCGGGCCCUCCACCUAGCGGUGCCCCUGCUCCUACCGGCAAUGCUCGCCGCGCCGAGUCUGCUCCCGCAGGCCCUAAGCCUACCGGCCCUCCCCCGUCCGGAGUGAAGCCUUCCGGUCCUCCUCCUUCUGGCGCUCCUCCUUCAGGUGCCCCGCCUUCUGGAGCUCCCCCCUCUGGUGCUCCCGCUCCUACUGGCAAUGCUCGCCGUGCUGAGUCUGCUCCCCCGGCCAAGCCCUCUGGCGAGUCUGGACCUCCGCCUUCAGGAGUUCGCCCCAGUGGCCCUCCUCCCUCUGGUGCUCCUCCUUCUGGUGCUCCUCCCAGCGGCGCUCCUAAGCCCACCAACGCCAAGCGCGCUGACGAGUCUGCCCCCGCCGGUCCUAAGCCUACCGGUCCCCCGCCUUCUGGAGUGAAGCCUUCCGGCCCCCCUCCCUCCGGCGCUCCCUCCGGUGCUCCCGCUCCUACCGGCAAUGCUCGCCGCGCCGAGGACGCCGCUCCUACCGGUACCAGGCCCACUGGCGCUCCUCCUUCCGGUGCUCCCCCCUCCGGCGCCCCUUCUGGAACUCCUCCCCCUAGACCUUCCGGUGCUCAGGCCGAGGGUGCUGCUCCCUCCGGCGCUCCUCCCUCUGGCACCCCUCCUCCUCAUCCCAGCGGUGCUCAAGCUGAGGGUGCUGCUCCUAGCGGAACCCCCCCUCCCAAGCCUACCGGCACUCCCACCGGCCCUCCUCCUUCCGGAGCUCCUCCCGCUCCUACCCAGAGCGCCUAA